AUGGCAACUUCACCAUGCAUCGACAUCGAUCAAACAACAGCUAUCGUUGAAUGGCAGUGGGAAGGUUCUACGCGUACAUUGGCGACCGGCGAUCCCGAUCACGAUGCGAUACAUUUCACGCUGCGACUCGAUUUGACCGAGGUCGACGGCAAAUCCUGCGCGCAUUUCGAGAUUAGCAUUCCCUUUCGAUUUAAGGAUAAACCAUCAGGUGCAGGCGUAUGCAUCCGCAUCAACCCGUUCUUCGUUAAAUCCUUCAACCAUUCCAUCUUAUUGAAUCCGCCCGACGCUGUCAAACAGAUAUUCGACUCGACUACAUAUCUCGACUUCGAACUGUACAACAAAGUCACUGUUCUCAUUCCUAGCGACGUCAAAGAGCCGGUUGUGGCAGCCCGGGCGCGCUCUGGCAAGGUUCUCGACUCCCUCUACGAGCUAUCUCAUGUCACAUCUCUACGAAUUUACAUCAAAGAAGCUCUGCUAUCGCUUGAUAAGUUCCACGCUAUCUGUGAAGCUGUGAAGCGACGUCAAAUUAGGCCUUCCACUGAUCCCAAUCAUGAUAUCUCACGUAUGUUCAGUGACAAUGGAGGCAAGAUUGCAACUAUCAGUCCGCCCAAGCCUCCAUCCUAUGAUAAAGCAACAAAGCUCCCACCCAACACGAAAGUAACAGAGCCACCAGACGGGAAAGCAAUACAGCCGCUACCCAGCGUCCCACCGUAUACCCGCAAAAGGUCUCGACAAGACAGCCAGGCAGAUGUAUUUCGUCAGUUCUUUGACAAGCUGAAUAGGCUGGAGUCCAAAGUUCAAGAACAGGAAGCCGACAUUGUCCAGCUCAGAGCCCAGAACGCUCAACUGAAAGAUAAGGUUGCGUGUUUGGAGAAGCGCUACGAGGGCUUGGAGACACAAAUAUCGCUGUCACAAGCCCAUGGAAAUGACUCAGAGGAGGCUGCCAUGAUAGAAAUACGAGAUGACAUUGACUCGCUCAAUGGCAGAGUAACUACUAUCGAGAGUGUGAGAGAUGAAGAAUUCAGUGAGCAGAUUAAGGAGGAGAUCUUUGAUGAACUAGCCAAGCGUCUUUUAGGUGGAUGA